UUUGCGCAUGCGCGCCUCAGAAAACGAAGUGAUAUAUAUAAGCUUUAACAACAAAAACAAUAAUGGAUACAAAAGCAGUUAUUGAACUUUUAUGUAAACAUUUAACUCUUUCAACUGGUAUUUCUAUGGAACCGGAUUAUUUUCGAUUGGCAAAAUACAAUAAAAGUUCUCAAGAAGCUAUCGAAGCAUUCUGGUCGGUUUUACACAUUCUCAGCAAUUGUGCAAUUUUAGAAGAAAAUAAAUAUGUUUCAUUUCAGGAAUAUGAUAAAAUUACAAAUACAAAAUUGAAUUUUGCAUUUCUUCAAUAUUCAGCACUUGAAUUUUAUUUUAUACCCGAAACUGAUGUUUAUAAUAGUCGGGAAUUACUUUUGGCACUUGGAUGGCUUUUGGCGACAACUCAUGUAUUGGAAAAAAAAGUAAAAUCAAAUAUUGUAAAUAGUUCACUGGGACAGGAAUGUUCAUCACAAAUUUCGUUGCAAGUAGCACAAAAGGAAAUAAAUUCUUCCACAUUGGAAGAUGAAAUGAAAACAAUAGUUCAUAUUUGUUCAAAAUUAAAUCAUAAUUUAAAGGAAAUUUCCGAAUUAUCAAUGGAAAAAGUGAGAUUAACGACAAAAAUUCAUGCUGCAAGUAUAAAUACAAGUGGUUUACCACAUCUUUCCGUUUAUGAAAUGUCUCUAAUUAAGAGACUCGUUUCAAAGAAUAACAAAAAUCCCCAGGAUCAGGAGGCGGUUGAAACUUUAAAAAAUAUUGCAAAAUUGAUUGAUUUACAUUCAAAAUGGUCUAAACGAGAGAAUAUUUUUUACGACUGGAUGACAACUGUCAUUGAUGAAUCAAUGUCAGCACAAAAAUCACUGUACACUGAAGAAUUUCGUCAAGAAUUAAUGAAAUUUAUCGUCUGUCUUCGUUGUUUAGUAAAAAAGAAAAUACAAAAUUUUCAACAAAAUUUUUCCACUUUUGAUGUGACGUUAAAUUGUUCGUCACGUUUUUUACGAAUUCAAAAUUCAACAACCGAAGCUGAAAUUUGGUUUAAACAAAUAAAUGACGAUUUAAUGAUAACUGAAAAAGAAAUUGAAACAAAUGAAAAAGAUUUAAUCAAAGAAUUAAAAUUAAUGUUGAAAUUAAUUCAAAAUUGCGUUCGUGUUUGACGAUAAAAAAAUAGAAAACUUCAAAUAAGGUGAAUUAUUUUCAUUGCGAAAAAAAUGUGAUAAAUAAUUUUUAAAUAAUUUAAUAAACAAUUUUAUUUUUAUAA